GAACGAGAUGGGGUACUGAGUAGAUGUGCCUUUAUUUACGGUCUUACAGCACCUUAGAUUCAACUCGAACAUAGCUACAACUACGUUAUUUUGUCUUUGUAAAUCCCACGAAACAGAAAUUGAGUUUGGAGCGAUGGAGUGUUAUCUGAAGUGAAGAUUGAAGACGUGAUAGAAGAUGGACGACUACUGCUAUGCUAAGAUGGCGACGUCCGCUAAAAGAGAACAUGAAAGAGAAUCAACUUCCAGCAAAUCACCAACGGAGAUAAAGACGAAAGCCAAAAAUGAAGACGUCCAGCAGCUGAUUGGUCAUCCAGAAGAACGUUCCACUCAGUCAGGGGGGAGCUCCACUUUGAAGCCGGAGACUCCACAACCACCCCACAUUAAAAAGGAAGAGGAGGAACUCUGGAUCACUCAGGAGGGAGAGUAUCCGCAAGAAUCCGAUCUCACCAAGUUGCCACUGACUGUUGUCUCUGUGAAGAUUGAAGAUGAUGAAGAGAAACCACAACUAGACACUCUCUUAGCUCCACUAUCAGAUAGUGAGGCUGAAGACGAGGUUGGAGAACCUUUGAGCAGUGAUACAGACUGUGAAGGUGAUAUGAGGACUCACACUGACAACAAACACUCUAAACACUCUAAAAAGAAGAGAGACAUCCAGCAGCUAAAUGGUCAUCCAGAAGAAGUUGUACAUCUGUCAGGGGGGAGCUCCACUUUGAAGCAGGAGACUCCACAGCCACCCAACAUUAAAAAGGAAGAGGAGGAACUCUGGAUCACUCAGGAGGGAGAGUGUCUUCUAGGACGAGAGGAAGCUGAUUACACCAAGUUUCCAUUGACUGUUGUCUCCGUGAAGACUGAAGAUGAUGAAGAGAAACCACAGUUAGACAACCUCUUAGCUCCACUAUCAGAUAGUGAGGCUGAAGAUGAGGUUGAAGUACCUUUGAGCAGCGAUACAGACUUUGAAGGUGAUAUGAGGACUCACACUGACAACAAACACUCUAAAAAGAAGCGAGGUAAAACGUGUUUGAACUGCUCAAUUUGUGGAACAAUAUAUACUAAAAAAAGCUAUUUGACUGAACAUAUGAGAACACACACAGGAGAAAAACCAUUUAAUUGUUCAGUUUGCGAUAAAAGGUUUUCUAGAAAGAGGCAUGUGAUUCGUCACAUGACAACACAUGCAGAAAAACAAUGUUGUUGCUUUGUUUGUGAUAAAAGAUUUUUUUUCAGUCAAAGUUUGACUAGACAUAUGAGAACACACACCGGAGAAAAACCAUUUAAUUGUUCAGUCUGUGGUAAAAGCUUUUCUCAAAAUAGCCAUUUGACUCAACACGCAAGAACACACACAGGAGAAAAACCAUUCAAUUGUUCAGUUUGCGGUAAAAGUUUUUCUCAAGGCGGCUAUUUAAGUGAACACAUGAGAACACACACAGGAGAAAAGCUAUUUAAUUGUUCAGUUUGUGGUAGAAGCUUUACCCAAAAGAUUCCUUUGACCAAACACAUGAGAACGCACACAGGAGAAAAACCAUUUAACUGUUCAGUUUGUGGCAGAAGCUUUUCUCAAAAGAGCAAUUUGACUAAACACAUGAGAACACACACAGGAGAAAAACCAUAUAAUUGUCCAGAUUGCGGUAGAAGCUUUUCUCAAAAGAACACUCUGACUGAACACAUGAGAACGCACACAGGAGAGAAACCAUUCAGUUGUUUAGUUUGUGGCAAAAGCUUUACUAAAAAGGUUUGUUUUACCAAACACAUGAAAACGCACACAGGAGACAAAAACACUUAAUUGUUCCUUUUCAAGAGAGAAAUCUCACUGAACACAUGAGAACACAUACAGGAGAGAAACCAUUCAGUUGUUUAGUUUGUGGCAAAAGCUUUACUAAAAAGGUUUGUUUUACCAAACACAUGAAAACGCACACAGGAGAAAAAAACACUUAAUUGUUCCUUUUCAAGAGAGAAUUCUCACUCAAAACAUAAAACUCACUAGACAUAAUCCAUUUAUUUGAUCAAUAUGUGAUCAAAGGUUUUUUUCAUUGCAAAGUUAGACCCAACACAUAAUGAAACCCACUGAAGAAAACCAUAUAGACCUAGACUUAGACUAACUUUAAUGAUCCACAAGGGAAAUUGUUCCACACAGUAGCUCAAUUACUAAAGAUGGAAAGGAUAACGCAGGUGCAAAGUAGACUAAAAAUGUACCGUUGUAGCAAUAUAAAAUAUAACAUAUGUAAUAUUUACAUAUUAUAUAUACAGUAUAUGGUAUAUACUGAUAUAUUAUUAUAUUUUUGUAUAAUAUAUACAAUAUAUGACAAUUACCAUGUACAAUAUUACAUUAUAUGUAACAGCUGCAGCAUAAAAUAGAAAGUAGAUCCAACAGAAAAUAUGCAUUAUAAACAACUAGAGGUAGCUAAAUAAUAAUACUAAUAUGCGAUUAAAAAAGUCCAUGGCAAUGCAGACACAGUAGGACACAUCAUACACAUUGGAGAAUAACCCAUCAGCUGUUUAGUCUGUGGUAUGGCACUUAUACGUGGUGACAUCCACCCAAACCCAGGACCACCUCCAAAUAACUUCACUUCUUCUUUCACACGUAUCUGACCUUUUUGUACAACUUGAGGUUAUCUCAUCUCCUCACCACUCUGGGUCUUUUAUCUGAAACUUUCCUGAAUAAUAAAAUAGAUGAUGCAUGUGAUUCUUGGUCACUUCUCCU